CUGGAACACGCCAAGACAUACCUCCCUACGCAGCCCCCAGCGCACCCAUCAUGGCUAUUUCCAAUGAACAGAACAGCGAUGACAAGCCUAUUUCCUCAAUUCCAUCAUCGCUGCCACCACCAGGAUUGUCAAUCAACCAACUCGCCGCCCUCCAUUCUCGAGAACGAUUGCUUGUCCAUCCGCUGCGCUGGAGCGACCGACAAGUGGCCCUCCUUGACUGUCGCAUCCAUUUUUUCGAGGACGCCGGUAGCGCAGCCAGCCAUGGGAACGCCGACACCAAUACCGAUCCGCUGGCUCCAAAAUCCCGGCUUGAGCUUUUUCUCGCCGACAACUUGAGGCUCCGAUUCACCUGGGACGAGUUCAUUGAUAUCACCCGAAGGCUCCUCCGGCCGCCCGGUGGUCACCUCUCCGUUGAAAAUCAGCAAAUCACUAGUCUCUACUUCAACAAACGCCCUUGCGCUAAUAUCAUGUACUGUCGUAUUUCGCUCCCACCCAAGAGUCCCACGCGCAGGCCUAUCACCUUCGCGUGUUUUAACCACGACGAGACUGGUUUGGUGAGGAGAAUGUUCUUCUCUCCGGUGAAGAAUCCGAUCUAUGGCAUGAAUGGCCCUGGAAUAUACCGUCAGACUACGCUUUUACGCCUCCAUCGCCCCGCGGACCCUCUAAAAGACCCAUUCUUGGUUGCUGUGCUCAUUUCUUUGGCACAACAAAAGCGCCGCCGUGCACCCAAACCAGAGUCUCGGUCUCCCAGCUUCAAGGUUCGACUUCUUUUUCCUACAGGAAAGGACUCGAAAUCAUUCAACAUUUUCAUGGCCAAUGUCCAAGCUUCCUUUCUUGAUAAAUUGGAUUUCCCACACAAGGAACCCGCCGUAAAUUCGGGUCUCGACAUCUACCAUCGGCAGAUCCCAACCUUGCCUUUCCAAACCUUUCCUCGGCGGCUCCGUCGGGCAUUGACCCUUGAUUUCUGCGGGGAGACGAAAGGCGCUGUAGGAACCGGCGGGCUUCGACGAAGGAUAGGAAAAAAGCGAGUCCGGGCUGAUAUUUAGAUAGAAUCCCGAUCGUCAAAAGAGAACUAUUAAUUAAAAUCA